AGAAAGAAAGAAAGAAAUAGUUAAAGAGGGAGAAGAGGACGAGAGGGAGAGAAAAAGAGACGAAGAGGGAGAGCAGAUUCAGUGGAUAGUGCGGUAAUACCGCGGCACGACCGAAAAGCUCAGGAAAGAUCAUCGUGGUUUGAUAUUUGCAUUUGAACAAUAUGAAUAUUGAAGAUUACGAAAGCUUGCCCACUACGUCGGUGGGUGUUAACAUGACGGCCGGUGCUUUGGCUGGAAUCAUGGAACAUUGUAUCAUGUAUCCAGUUGACAGUGUCAAGACCAGAAUGCAGGCCUUGAUUCCAGGCCCAGGUGGAGGAGGAGGAGGAGGAGGAGUAGGAAACGUUCUCCUUCAAAUGAUGCGAAAUGAAGGUUUGUUAAGGCCAUUUCGAGGAAUGGGAGCAGUUGUUGCAGGAGCUGGCCCAGCACAUGCUUUGUACUUUUCAUGCUAUGAAUUUUUGAAAGAUAAAUUUAUGAGUGCUAAACCACAAUUCAAUCAUUUCGUGUAUGGUGCAGCUGGUUGUGUAUCGACAAUUCUUCAUGAUGGUGUUAUGAAUCCAGCAGAAGUGAUUAAACAACGAUUGCAAAUGUAUAAUUCUCCUUAUAGAAAUGUUAUCAGCUGUAUAAAACUUGUAUAUAAAAGAGAAGGUAUACGCGCGUUCUACAGAAGUUACACAACUCAGUUGGCUAUGAACGUGCCUUUCCAAAGCAUUCAUUUUAUGUCUUAUGAGUUAGCACAAUCUUUAACAAAUCCAAAUCAUUCUUAUAAUCCUCAAGCACAUAUGAUUUCUGGUGCUAUGGCUGGAGCUAUAGCUGCUGGGUUGACAACACCAUUGGAUGUUUGUAAGACAUUAUUGAAUACCCAACAAGGUAAUGUCAAAGCAAAAGGUAUGAUUGACGCUGUUAAAGAAGUUUACAGGUUGGGUGGUAUCAAAGGAUUUUGUCGUGGAAUGAAUGCUCGUGUUCUUUAUCAAAUGCCAGCCACUGCUAUUUGUUGGACGACAUACGAAUUUUUUAAAUAUAUAUUGAGAAGCAAACAAGAAGAUGGACUUAGCAAAGACGUGGAUGAAAAUUCAUUAAGUGGUUUAAAUCAAAGUCAACUAUCUACCUCCAGAAGUAGUAGUUUUCAAGGAACAGGAUUAUACUUUCAGAAUAAUGCUCACACUGCUGGUGUAUUAAUAAAAGCGAGAAGUUAGCAAUUAUUAUUCACUUCUAAUUGUAAAUCGAAUGGAUUGAAAAUUUGCAACAGUUGUGUUGACUGUUCUC